AUGGCUUUCAAGGAGAUUCUCGUCCUCCUCGUUUUGGUUCAUGUAGUUGGUUCUAUUAGAGUGCUAAACUGCCGGGGACGUGGUAAGACUGUGAUGGUUCAUGGUGGGAAGAUGAUGUUGAGCAGGCAUGUACGUGCCUUUAGGAUUACAGGAAGGGUAAGAAUUGCCAGACGUGGGAUGGCACCAUUCAGAUACCGCGUAUCAAUAUUGAAGAAGAUCAGAGGAAACAGGUACAGGCGGACAUUUUGCCCCAGACGUUUUUGCAAUCGUCGGUUCAGAUGCAAAGCCAUUCCGAGAAUCUUACGUGGAGCAAGAUGCAGACGACGCCUCUUACUGCCAGGAUUAACGAGGAUUAAUAGUAGAUGGCUUCGUGUGCCUCGUCUGUUGCGGAGGCUGAUGAGAAGAGUACAAAGGGGACAGCUCAGGAUUGCUGUACGAUUUUAUGCAAGGGGACUGUAUGGAUGCUUCGAGAUCAGAAAGUAA